AUGGAAAGAAGCGAAAACAGUUCUAUCGUAACGAGUAUUUGCUCUUUGUUUAAUAUUUUGCAAACAGCUAAAAGUAAGAAAUGUAUUUUAAAUAGUUUAACGAAGUUAUUUUUAUUACUGUAUAAUGAGAGAAUUAAAAGAAAAUUAUUAUAUGAUUCAAAUGAAGAAAAUGAUAAUGAUAUUAUAAAAUUAAAAAGGAUUUUUAAAAAGGAUUCUGUUAUUUUAAAUACUUAUAAAAAGUUUUACACAGAAUACGAGAAGUGGUUAAAUGAUUGUUUUGAAAAAUUUUUAAAGUUAUUAUUUCAAUUAUUAAAUAAUGAUGAUGAAGUAUUUGUAAAGAAAAGUUUAUCUCUUCUAUUUGGUAGCUUACAAUGUGAAUUAAAAAUAUAUGAAAAAAUACAUGAGAAAUUAAAAAAGGAUAAUGAUAGUAACAAUAAUAAUAAUCAACAAGGCAGCUGUGCUACAAAAGCAUUUCCAUUUAAAUUAUAUAAGAAAAUUAUUUUUAAUUUACUAAAAGUAAAAAAUAUGUCAGUAAAUAUAGUAAAACACAUUUGUAAAAGUUAUAUAUGUUUUUACUAUGAUUUAAAUUAUUUCUUCCUAUCGAUUUUCAAAAUUUUGUGCAUUGAAAACAAAAAAAAAAAAAACGGUUUUAUUAAUGAAAACAUUAGUUUCUCAGAUGAUGAUCAAAAGACUUUUAAAAGUGAAAAUUGGGGGAAUAUAGAAGCAAUUAAGGAAUCUGAUGAAAUAAUAAAUGAUAACUAUAAUAUAAAUCUUUUUAUUUAUAGUAUUUUAAUAAAUUCAAUUAAACCAGAUAAAAAAAUAAAAAACUUUCACAUUAAGAAAAGUAAAUUUAUGAAGCAAAGCCAAGUAAACAUGUUUUUUGACAUAGAUGAUAAAGAGAAAAUUAUGAGAAGAAAAAGAAAAUAUAAUGGAAAGGAUAAAAAGAAUGAACCUCAAAAAAAGAAAGGUUUUUAUAAUUAUGAUAGUGAUGAUAGUAUAAUUCAUUCUUCAUCAGAUAAUGAAAGUGAUAGCUCACAUGAGGAUUUUUUAGAUAAUAUAGAUAUUAAUGAUGGUAUUAGUGAUAUAAAUUUUUCAGAUGAUUUAGAAGAAUAUGAUAUUAUAAAAAACCAAAAGCAGAAAGAUAAAUAUAAAAUGAAAGAAAGAAAAAGUAAUUUAUUUAUAAAUGUAAAUAUAGAAAAUAAACUAUAUAGUCAAUUAUAUUCUAGUUGUUGGUUUUAUUUUAUAACAACUUAUAAGCAUAAUUAUUCUAUGAUCUUGCAAUUAUUGCAUUCUAUUCCAUUAUUUGUAUUUCCGUAUACAAAUAAUCCCUAUUAUUUAAUUGAUUAUUUUAAUUUCUCAUUUUAUUCUUCAUCAAAUUUAUAUGUUUCUUUGGCGGCUUUACCUGGUAUUUUUUAUAUAUUAACAGAAUUAAAUAUUGGAGAUCUAUUAGAAGAAAGUAAUUAUUGUAUCAUGAAUGAUCAAAAAAAAACAAAAAAAGAAAAUGAUAAAAUAAAAAUAAAAAAAGAGCCAAUUUAUGGGGAAGAAUUUAUUAGUGGUGAUUCACUGAGUAAUAAAAUGGAUAAUAAUGUAAAUUAUGAAACAAAGGUACUAAUAAAAAUAGAAAAAAAAGAUAAUGUUGGCAUUUCAAAUGCCAAGAGUAAUUAUGAUAAUUCAAAUAAAAUAUAUUAUAUUGACGAAAUUAAAGAUGGCAAUAAUAUUGAUAAUAGUAAUAAAAAAUGUAAUUAUAAUGAAAAUGAUGAUGGUAAAGUAAAUAAAAAUGAAUACCAAAAAGGAAGCCAAAGUGAUAAUGAAUAUGAAAAUGAGAAUGAUGAAGUAAAUAAAAAUGAAUACGAAAAAGGAAAUGAAAGUGAUAAUGAAUAUGAAAAUGAAUAUGAAAACGAUAAUAAUAUUGAAAAAGAAAAAGGAAAUGAAAGUGAUUAUGAAUAUGAAAAUGAGAAUGAUGAGGUAAAUAAAAAUGAAUGCGAAUAUGAAAAUGAGAAUGAUGAAAUAAAUAAAAACGAAUACCAAAAUGAUAAUAAUAUUGAAAAAGAAAAAGGAAAUGAAAGUGAUUAUGAAUAUGAAAAUGAUAAAAAUGAAGUAAAUAAAAAUGAAUACGAAAAAGGAAAUGAAAGUGAUUAUGAAUAUGAAAAUGAUAACGAUGAAGUAAAUAAAAAUGAAUACGAAAAUGAUAAUAAUAUUGAAAAAGAAAAUAAAAAUGAAAAUGAAAAUGAUGAAAAUAGUGAAAAUAAUGAUUAUAAUAUGGGAAAUGAAAAAAUUGAAGAAACAGAUGAAGAAAAAAAUAAAAAUUGUGAUAUUAAAAAGUUAAAUAAUAACAUGUAUACAGAUUACUAUAAAAGGUUAUUUGAAUUAAUAAUUCCAGCUAGUUUUUAUUAUGAUGGUACAUACUUCUUAAAAAUAAUCUAUUUAUCACUAAAAAAUAGAAUGAUUCCUAUACAUUAUGUUAUAUCUUUUUUAAAAAAACUUCUUCGUGUCAGUUGUUUAACGUCAUACAAUAUAUCUAUAAAUAUUUUAAGUGCAGUUUAUGAUAUAUUAAAUUAUUUCAGAAAAGAUUUAUAUGAUGCAAUGUUUAUUUCAGGAUCCUUGUUUAUGAAUAUGGAAAUAAAAAAUGAUUUUUUUUGCUAUGAAGAUCUGAAUAAAAAUUUUGAUAAAAAUAAAAUUAUAGAAACUUUAAAGAUAAAUUCAAAGUUAUUAAAGGAAAAUUGUAAAGAAGAAAAGGAUAAUUUUCAAAAUUUAGAAAAUAUAAAAAUGGAAAAUGAUGAAUGUUUUAUGAUACAUAAAAAAGUAAAAAAGGAGCCAAUUGAUGUCGAUGAAAUUUUAAGAGAUGAUAUUAAGAAAAAUGAAAAUAGCAGUAACAUAAAUGAAAACAAAAUAAAUGAUAAUUUUAAGGAAGAUGAAGGUAUAGAAAAUAAAGGUGAGAAAUGUUUAUUUAGUUUACAAGAUUGUUUGCCAGAUAAGUAUCAAAUAGAUAUGAAUAUUUUAAACAGAAAAGAGUUAUACAUGUCUAAUCAAAUUUUUUAUGAAAUAAUUUUAUUAAGUAGUCAUAUGUGUGACAACUUAAGUCAUUAUUCUAAUAUGUAUUACUAUAUAUUUAAUAAUAAAUUAAGUAAAUCAUAUGAUUUUUAUGUUGAUCCCAAUAAAAUUAAUUGGGUUACAGAGGAAUCCCUCUUUUCUCUUUUAAAAAAUUUUUUAAGCUUAAAAAAAAAAAAAGAAAAAGACAUAUUGCCCUCUACAGAGCAAAAAAAUUUUUUAACAAUGUUCAUAUAA